AUGACAAAAGUGUUGAGAUACACGUGCUUAGCAGCAAUCUUCCUAGUAGAUGCUGUACUUGCGGCUAACGUAUACGGAGGUGAAGACACUUCUUCUGGAACGCUAGCCCAAUUUCUGCGAGAAAUACUUGAUACAGAAAAGCGUGGAACCUCGGGACGCAGGGAUGUCAAAUGCACGUGGAUGUCACCGAAUGACGAUAAGGAGUUUCUGCUAAAGACAGAUGCAGAUAAACACAGUAUAAGCUUCAAAGAAAAAGAACAUUUCGUCAACUACCACAAUGAACAUCGAGCUAAGACUAGACCCUCGGCAGCGAAUAUGAACUACAUCAUUUGGGACCCAGAGCUUGCCGAACUGGCCCAGGUCUGGGCAGAUAAAUGUGUCUAUAAACACGGACAGCCGGGUGAGACCCUAGCCAAACAGGGAAGAGACCCCAACGAGUUCAUUGGACAGAAUAUGCAAGCCUGGUCGUGGAGCUUCGAUGAAGAACGAAGUAUGUACAGCUGGUGGGAAGAGAUCAAUUACUAUAAUUACUACACGCAGAAAUGUGAAGGCAAGCAGUGUGGACAUUACACACAGUUUGCAUGGGCUGGGACGGAUCGUAUGGGAUGUGGCAUAUCAUAUUGCGAACGCCUCAAAAAUGCAUAUCCCGAUUAUGAAAUCCAUUGGUACUAUGUUGUUUGCAACUACUUACCAGGGCAUUGGCAGAACAAGAAGAUUUUCAAGGAGGGUCCGAAGUGUUCGCAAUGUCCACCCGACAAGAGCCAAUGUGACAAUGGGCUUUGCAGAUCUCCGCAGAAGUGUCCCAGCAACUACGUAUGUCAAAACGGAGGAACUCUGCUACCAAACACUGGGUGUAUCUGUCACUGUCCCAAGGAGUACACAGGCGAUUCCUGUGAGACACCAACAGGAGUGGUUUUCCAAUGCGACUUUGAAGAGGAUGACUGUGGGUUCUCAAACGAUCUAAAGGCUGACUUUACAUGGACGAAGAAUGCAGGGGGAACCCCUGAUGGUCAAACAGGACCAGCUGGUGACCAUACCACUGGGGGACGAGACACAGGUUACUAUAUGUACACCGAUGGAAGCAAGAAAAAGCCAGGUCAGAAAGCGCGCUUGAUUUCUCCUACGUUUGACGUCAGUUCCGGGUCAAGUGUUGAAUUCUAUUGGCACAUGUGUGGUCCUGGAAUAGGAUCACUAAACGUGUAUUCUCAGAAAGAUGGCCGUGAAUCUCUGCUUUGGUCAAUUAAUGGUGAGCAAUCCUUCCAUUGGAAUAGGACGGCUGUGCCUCUAAACCCUGGUCGACAGAGUAUCGUAUUUGAAGGUGAACUAGGUCCUAAACAAUGGAGCUCUGACAUGGCAAUUGACGACAUUGCCAUCAAAGGGAAAGUCACAAAACAACUCCUUAAGCCUAACUUACCAACGCCUCCAAAUGGUGGAGGUGGAGAUUUUAUCAACAUUCCCAUUGACUCUGGAAAGGUAAAGGAUCCCAUUGCAGUGGGGAAACCAGUUAAAGUACCCCUAUCAUCAAUUUCGUGGUCAAUACACCCAGACAAGCUUUUGUCUGGAAAAAAUGACAGAGAAAUAACUGGCGUUACUAGGGAGGAAUGCAUGGAUGAAUGUAGAAAGGAUGUAAGCUGUAAGUCCCUUGACUACUCCGGCUUUAUUUGUAUAUUGAGCAAAUCAACUGCCAAGGACGCACAGCUGAAAUCGGUUUCUGGUUGGGUGUACAUAGAGAAAGGGGCAGAUGAAUCAGUAGCAGAAGAGUCAUCCAAUAUUGAUGAUGACAGUAUGACUCUGACAUCCACCGGCAGUUACUCUGAACGAAAAGGAUACCUAUUACCGGGUCACAACUCUAAAGAACUACGAGCUUUUGUACGUCUUCCCUCGUUUGCUACAGCUAUGUCAGCUCCUUCUACCCCAUCAACCCGAAGAAAAUACAAAUAUGAAGAUGGAAAACUACUACCAGGUCACAACACAAAAGAAUUGCGAGGCGUCGCUACGAAGGAAAAAUGUACAGAGCUGUGUGAUAGCAGGCCUGAGUGUAAAUCAGUGGAUUACUCUUCCAGACUAGAACUGUGCAUCAUCAGCACAUCAACUGCUGGAAGGGAUUUUUCAUUGAUAAAUGUAGCAGGAUGGAUUUAUAUGGAGAAAUUAGAAGAGCCCAACUCCGACGGAGGAAAACCACCCAACCCAGAAGCAGGUACCUCCCCUGUCCAACAAUUUACAAAGCAUGCUGGGAAGUAUAUGGCAGGGGAAAAUGACCACGUUCGCAGUGGGAAAACAGUAGAACAGUGUCUCCAAGACUGUCUGAACUGGGCUGACUGUAAAGCAGUUGACUAUCAGAAUAGCGGUAAUGUAUGCAUCCAGACAGCAACCCCAAGGAGUAAGGCAACUAUAAGGUCCGACUCCAGUCGUGACUGGGACUUUUAUGAGAGAACAGGAGGGUCUCCCAGUGACAGUAGUGUUAAGGCAGACGUAGAUAAAGACACAAACACUGAGACAGACACUGACACACCAUCAUCAGGGAAUGGUGUGUCAGAUUUUACCACAGAGAAAGGGAAAUACCUCCCCGGAAACAACAAGGAUGAACUCAAAGGACUGACUGAAAAGGAGUGCAUUGAAAAAUGUGCCCAGAAGAAAUGGUGCAUGUCCGCGGAUUACAUGGCAAAACGGCAAGUCUGUAUUCUCAGCGAAUCCUCAAGGAAGAUGGGAGUUUCUCUCAUCAGUAGUGCUGAUUGGACCUUUCACGAGAGACAAGAUAAAAAACGAGAAGUACUGAAAAGAUUGCUAGAUUUACUAGAAAAUAGAUCGGAAUGAGAUCGUCCACUUUCACUGAGAUCUGCUGAACAUCUGUACAAAUCAUAACUACUUAAAGGAACCACAGAGUGAUCGAGAGAAUAUCCUCAAUGGGCAAGGACCGAUGACUGUGAAAGUCGAUUAGGACUCAUCUCUCUGGAGUUCCAGAGAAACGACCUUAUCACCUUCACCUUCCAUUGGUAUAAUCAAGAGGAUCGCCUUUAUGCUUUGACGCUUCUGUAUGGAAUCAGAUUGAUUAUGUAAUCUAUUGGCAGACGGAAUAUAUACAUUUUAUUUUAUGAUGUAACUAUAAAAUAUGAACCAUGGGCAUUCUUCUAGAGUUGGAAGCAGUGGACAGAGAAGACCUUUAAAUAUUAAUUGUUAUUGCCACAGAAUCGAAUAGUGACGUCAUACGAAACGCUCAAUAACAAUUAUUAUUAUUAAUAAGUUUAUUCGUCUCUUGAACAUGUAAUGUACAUCGAGAGGUUAGUCCAAUAAAGCAAA